CUCUCUGUCUCUCUCUCUGUCUCUCUUUCUCUCUCUGUGUCUCUCGCUCACUCUCUCUGUCUUCUGCUUGCGCCAGCGCUGCAAUCUCCUCUAGAAGGCCUACUGUCUUCAAUAUUGUUGAAAUGGCUGAUCAGCAAGACGACUGGGAAGCAGAAGAUGCUAUUUUCCUUGCUGAUAUGCUUCUGGCUCAAGAAAAAGAAAAGAAAGCCAAGGGCGAAGCAGACUCUGCUACAGGCAGUAGUUUUCAGGUCCGAUGGGUGGAAAAAAAUGCUGAAGGAAGUCCACUGCUAAAAAGAAGCAGAAGUGGAGAGACACGAAAUCGUGCUUCAGCUACAGUUUCCGUGGUUCCCAGUGAGGACUCUAUUCCUUUUGAGUCAGCUGAGGAGGUUCUCACAGUGACCCAAUCAGACUCCUCUCAACAGUUAUUUGAGACUGAGAUGAACAAACUGCAGGACAUUCUGCAGACCUCAGACAAUAUUCCAGAUGCAAGUGGGCAUCCUUCCACCUCCACAUCAUGGGGCUUGCGCCAAUCUGCAGCCCAAGAUGAGUGGCGGAAAGCGAGGUCUCAUCAUCUGAGCUGCUUGCUGUCCUGCAACGUGGUUCCAGAGAAGAACUGCAGCCACUGCACAUCUCCUGCCAUCAUUCGAUGCAGAGACUGCAUGCCAGAGGAGUGGCUGUGUACGGAGUGUGACAUACACAUCCACAAAAAAAAACACACACUCCAUAACAGGGAGUCCUGCAUUGGGGGAAUUUACAAGCCCAUAGAGCCAACAGUGUGCUGCGUAAAGCAAGAUGGCGGAUAUACACUGAUCAAUCAAGUAUGUCUUUUGCCUACAGUGAGGCCUGUCCAGUUGUGCACGUGUGAUCCUGCAACCAUAACAGAAUCAGCUGGUCGGUAUGAUUUGCACUUGCCAAACUUGUCUUGCAAAUUAUGUCUGGCACAGUGGACACCUGACAUGAGCGACCUCAUACACAGUGGGUACUGGCCAGCAUCUGUGAAUGCUGACACAUUGUUUUCAAUGGAUAUCUUUACUUCAUUUGAAGAGUUGAAAACUGUGGCUCCCAGUUUGUCGCGUCAGGGUUUUUUGCGGAUGUUGGAGAAAAGGACCUGUCAAUUUGGAAGGGCUGGCAAAAUCCACGGAGACGUAUUCCAAAGGAGUUAUUUGGAGUAUACAUUCUGCCAGUACCAUUGUGAGAAUAUGGCCAGUGUAGAGCACUUCACCUGCCCAGCAUGUACACCCAACAUGAUAGCUCUUUGCGCAGAUGGCAACAGAAAGCAGUACCGAUUUCGACAGUCAAAAGGGUCAGAGCAACCAUAUUUUUGA